GUGGUGGAUGAUCUUGGAAGGAGGGUGGGUAGUGUGUGGACAAGGGCAGAGGGCCCGCAGGGUCCAGUCUUGGUCCAAGCUCGGUCCAGGCUCGUGGGUAUAACUAUGUUGUUUGAAAAAUAGAUCUUCUGUAUGAUAUUGGGGGAGGGAGUCUUCCUUAUUCUUGGAUGGGGCCCACUGUUCCUCUCUCCGCAGCGUUUUUCUGUGGAUCUGUGGAUAUACCGGGCGUCCCUCCUGGCUAUUAACAAGCAGGAAGCCCUGGCGCAAGCAGUUUGGCUAACCUCACUUUUUCCCUCUGUAAAGUGGCCUUCUCAUCUUCUUACCUUUCUGGGGCCACUAAAUGAAGAAUACAGAACUGUAUUCCAGAGGUGACUGUUCAUGGCACAUACUGUUAAAGGAUGGUCAUUGGCACUUAUUUUUAUAACCAUGUGGCUCGUGAUUAAAGCAAAAAUAGAUGUGUGCAAGAGAGGAGAGGUGACCGUGAAGCCCUCCCAUGUAAUUUCACAUGGAUCAGCUGUCAACAUUUCAUGCUCUUUGAAGCCCAAACAAGGCUGCUUGUACAAUUCCAGUGUCGACCGCUUAAUCCUCUACAAGUAUGGUGGAAGAAUCAGUUCUCACCAAGGUCACUCCCUCAGUUCUCAAGUCACAGAUCUUCCCCUUGGUAAAACCUUGUUUGUCUGCAAACUGGCCUGCACCAAUAGUGAGAUCCGAAUAUGUGGGGCAGAGAUCUCAGUCGGUGUUAUUCCAGAACAGCCUCGAAACUUAUCUUGUAUACAGAAGGGAGAACGAGGGACCGUGGUCUGCACGUGGGACAGAGGACGAUACACCCAUCUCUAUACUACGUACACUUUACAGUUAAAUGGACCCAGAAAUGUAGUUUGGCAAAAGCAAUGCAAAGAUCAUUACUGUGAUCAUUUGGACCUUGGAAUCAACCUAACCCCUGAGUCACCUGAAUCCAGUUUCACAGCCACGGUUACAGCCCACAAUAGUCUGGGAAAUUCUUCUUCACCUGCACUUACAUUCUCUGCCUUGGACAUAGUGAUUCCUCUUCCCCCGUGGGACAUCAGCAUCCAAUUUCCAAAUGCUUCUGGAAGCAGAUGUACCCUUCAGUGGAAAGAUGAGGGGCUGGUGCUGCUUAAUCGACUGAGAUAUCGGCCCAGGGACAGCAGGUCCUGGAACCUGGUUAAUGUUACAAAUGCCAGAGGAAGACAUCAUUUGCUAAAUCUGAAACCAUUUACAGAAUAUGAAUUUCAGAUUUCUUCUAAGCUACAUCUUUAUAAAGGCGAUUGGAGUGAUUGGAGUGAAUCAUUGAAAACGCAAACACCAGAAGAAGCGCCCACUGGGAUGUUAGAUGUCUGGUACAUUAAACAACACAUUGAGUACAAUAGACAACAGAUUUCUCUGUCUUGGAAGAAUCUGAGUGUGUCAGAGGCAAGAGGAAAAAUUCUCCACUACCGGGUGACGUUGCAGGAAGUGACAGGGGGGAAAACUAUACUACAGAACAUCACAGCACACACCUCCUGGACCUGGGUCAUUCCCAGAACUGGGAAUUGGGCUGUGUCUGUGUCUGCAGCCAACUCAAAAGGCAGCUCCCUGCCCACUCGUAUUAACAUAACAGACCUGUGUGGGGCAGGGCUGCUGGCUCCUCAUGAGGUCUCUGCAAACUCAGAGGGCAUCGACAAAAUGGUGGUGACUUGGCAGCCUCCUAGGAAAGCCGCCUCUGCCGUUCGGGAGUAUGUGGUGGAAUGGAGGGAGCUCCAUCCAGGGACUGACACACAGCCUCCUCUAAACUGGCUGCGAAGGCCCCCCUCCAGUCUGUCUGCCCUGAUUUCAGAGAACAUAAAACCCUACGUCUGUUAUGAAAUCCGUGUAUGUGCCCUGUCAGGGGAUCAAGGAGGAUGCAGCUCCAUCCUGGGUAACUCCAAGCAUAAAGCACCACUGAGUGGCCCUCAGAUUAAUGCCAUCACAGAGGAAAAGGGGAGUGUUUUAAUUUCGUGGAACAACAUUCCAGCCCAGGAGCACAUGGGGUGCAUCCUCCGUUACAGGAUCUACUGGAAGGAACGAGACUCUGAUGCCCAGCCUCAGUUCUGCGAAAUUCCCCACAGAGUCUCCCAAAAUUCCCACCCAAUAAAUAGCCUGCAGCCCGAAGUGACAUAUGUCCUAUGGAUGACAGCUCUGACAGCUGCUGGUGAGAGUCCCCAGGGGAACGAAAGGGAAUUUUGUCUACAAGGUAAAGCCAAUGGGAACGCAUAUGUGGCAUCGAGUGUUUGCAUUGCUGUCAUCAUGGUGGGCAUUUUCUCAGUGCGUUACUUCCGGCAAAAGAUAUUUGUUCUCUUUUCGGCUCUCAGAUCUCAGUCGUGGAGCCCUAAAAUUCCAGACCCAGCAAACAGCACUUGGGCCAAGAAAUAUCCGACCGUGGAGGAGAAGACACAGCUACCCUUGGAAAGGCUCCUGACAGCCUGGUCCACUCCUGAGGAACCCGAGCCUCUGAUCAUCAAUGAAGUCCUUCAUCAAGUGGUCCCAGUCUUCAGACAUCCCCAACACCCCAACUUCCCAGAAGGGAGACAAGGGGUCCAAGGUCAUGAGGAAGACACGGUGUCUAAUGUCUCAGAUCCAUCACCUCCAGGAGCCCUCAUGGCUGAGACACGAAAACUAGUGAAUCUGUACAAGGUGCUGGGGAGCAGGAGCCCCGACUCCAAGCCAGCGCACCCAGCGCAUCCAGUGACGGUCCUCGCAGUGGACUACCUGCCCACCUACGAGGGCUAUCUCCCCUCCAACAGAGAUGACCUCCCUUCACGUGAGGCUUCUCUCACUGACCCCCCGGAAGAACUGGAGCCUCAGCACAUCGCUUUCUCUGUUUUCCCCUCCAGCUCUCUUCACCCGCUCACCUUCUCCUGUGGUGAGAAACUGACUUUGGAUCGGCUAAAGAUGGGGUGUGACUCGCUCAUGCUCUGAAUGUUAAGGCUCCAAGCCUGGCAAGUCCAUGUGCCCCCUGCCAGCACAGCAUACCCCUUCUCUUCAGCCCCUACUUUGGGGGCCAUGUCACUGGGUGCUACCAUCAGGUCUGGCAGGACUGAGAAGGUGGGCAUGCCAGCUCUGGGUAUGUCUUGGGGAUUGAGAGUUGGCCUUCAUCCAGAUCCCUCAUCUGAAGAGGAUGUCCUCCAUGAGGUGCACCUAGAGACUCCAACUUAGGUUUCUGGUAACUUCCUUGGCUAUAUUGGCUGGGAAAUGAAAACCUGUACUAAUAAUGGCAAAGUCCAGAGGACCGUUCCUGCAACAGCUCUUGAUAAAGCACCUGCCAUUAGCUCUAGAUUAGUGCUGUCCUGUAGAACAUCCUGAGAGAUGAUGGGAACGUUCUCUGCUCUGUCCUGCACAGUAGCCACUAGUCACAUUGGCCCUCCCAAAGGCAUUCCCUUUUCACUCCCUGAGGAGACCUCAGCUAAUCCUCAGACAGCUCAGAUUGAGCCUGGAAGACAAUUCUCAGGAAUUGAUUCCACAGCAUCAAUUCAGAACAUAAUUCGUGUUUUGCUCCUUUAAAGCUUGCCUCUGGCUGUGGCUGCCUCUGUUCUUUGACUACAAGCAUUUCCAAGCUGAUGGGGUUGAGUCUUGAUCUAAACCACUAAUAUUGGGCGGUCUGAAAAGUCAUGAGGUAUUUUUUUCUAUACAAAACUGCGUUAUGAUUUUUCUGAUGCCCUCUAGUACCCCUCCCAAAAGAACAAAAUGAAAAGCUCAGUAACCUCUCUUAAACCCGUCAAGGCUGGACCCUACCCCUCAUCUAUCACUGGAGCCAAGACAACUUCUCCACUCUCCUUUGGAUUUUCAUUGAAAGAAGUAUUUGUUGCAAGUGUAUGUGUGUGUGUAUAUAUAAGCCACCAGAUUUCAAACUAGAAAUGUGUCUAAACAAACUGUAUAGUUAUCCUCAGCCUUUGAUUGACUGGAUCUCCCUCAGAGUGCUAGAAACUGAAGUGAUGAAUAUUUGCUCUGCCUGUCUAUGUUGAAACCCUGUAUUCAUCCUUGCUUUCUGCUACUCCAGACUUAAUAUGCAAGGGGACUUCAAAAAGAUCAUGGAAAAAAUUAACAUACUAGUUUAUUUUGGUGCAAAAAUGCUAAAAUCCACACACAGCAUUUUUAUAACACUCAUUUUCCAUGAACUUUAAAACUUUUUAGAGAUUUUUGCUAUAGGACACAUGUGUUCACCAGAG